UUACCGGCUUUCUCCUGGUCGUAUCCAACCACCAUAAAAUAGUCAGCCAAUCUCGCCAUGUCUGCUGCCUUUCCCGAGGAGCUAAUAGCAGAGUGACACAACUGCCUUGCAGAACCAGAGGUGAACUCAAGCAACCUGUGGAGUACUCCUUCUGUCUUUCACAGCUGACUUUUUUGGAAGAAGAGCUGAAAAUCAGGAGCCAAGAUGAAAACCAUCAUCCACUCCUUUCUCUGCUGCUGCCUGCUGGCUUCAGCAGRACACUGUGUGGAGCUCAAAGGGAAUCCUGAGUUGAAAAAAAGACUAAGCAUUUGGAUGGGGAGCAGAACGAGACGGGAUCUUGAAAGUGUAGCAGUAGAGAAGAGAGCAGAGUCUGAGCCCUUCAUCAGACCAGAGGAUGUCAGGGAUGCACUGCUYCCACAUUCCAGCACUGGCAUCAACAUUCGAACCAAGAGGUCUAAAAUGUCCAGCAGGCAGGGCUGCUUGCUGGGCACCUGCGCGUAUCAUGACCUGGCACACCGCUUGCACGAGCUCAACACCUUGGGGAAGUCCAGCAUCGCCCCCGCUGCCAAGAUGAGCCCCAGUGGAUACGGCCGGAGGCGUCGCUCUCUCCCAGAGCGGCGCAUCACGCUGAGGCUGGAGGAGGGCAGGCUGAGACCCGCGUGGAGCACAAAUAACUCCCAGGUUCACAAGCUGGAGGCUCUCCUCAGAAGGACAUGAGCAGGAGCCUGAAAGUGGGAGUUGGGGGUUGGAACAAAAAAGCGAGGGAGGCGCUCUCCCUGAGCUUGUGUCCUCGGUGCUCCUUUUCCUUAAUUCUAAAAUGCCUCAAACCUCAGACUCUUGCCAAAGCAUACUCCAGCACAUUUGUUCCAGGCGUGAGGGCUGAGUCAGAGCUGAACUGGCUGCAGCGGAGCCUCUCUGCAGGCUGAUCCCUGCGGCGCAGCGACCGAGAGGCUGCGCAGAGCCGCAGCUGGCUUAAAGACACUGGAUGGCACAGUGUGGAGUGGACUACAGGUGCUGUAAGGAGGAGUGCAAAUACCUGUCAAAAUGAACACACCCUCUGGCUUUGAGASGGAACUUUCUACUAAUACACUUUACACACCUAUUCCUCAAGGCCAAGACUCUCCUAAGUGCUAUCCUCGAAGGAUUAUACCACCACGUUCCACCAAACUGUCUGCACUUUUGUCUUUUUGGACUUAAAUCCAAUGAAUCAUCAGGAAAACACAUCAUCACUAUGCCAAAUGGGCAACAGAGCUCCGACACUCUCAGUUGAUGUCGGGUUUUGGACACUGUAUAAGGAAAAAUGCCUUCAAUUCUGUGAGCUUUCUGUGCCGGUCCAUAAUGGAUUGAAAUAUACUUGAAAAUGUUAAUGUCUGUACAAAAAAACAAACAAACAAAAAAAAAAAAGCACGUGCAAUCUAAUAUUUUUAUGUAUAUGUAUUACAGAUAUGUGUAUAUAUGAAUUAUUUUAUUUAAAUAUUAUAUAGAAGUUACAGUAAAGUACUUAUGCAGAUAAAGCUAUUUUUGUACAGGAAGAAUUAUAUAUAUAUAUAUAUAUAUGGGCAUUGUAGCUAUUUGUCAUUAUUCCUUUACAAUCUGUGGUCAUUGGAAAUGUUAUUUUUUAUAUAUAUAAUUAUGUUAUUUUAUAUUUGUAAAUGUGUUAUUUUAUUUGUGUCAAAGCAAUAAUGUCAAAUAAACUUUUUGCAUCAAAGAU